AUGGAUAGCCAAAGCAGAACCGCGACUCCGACCCCCAGUCCAACUACUGAUUGGACUCCCAAACUAUCUCCUACCACGCCCGAUCUUUUCUUUAUUCCUAGCAAACAGUCUCAGGUGAAAGAUAGCGCUCCAGGGGCAUCGGCCGAAAGCACUCCAGUGUCCUCGUCAGGUGAAUCCAUCGCAGACACUGCAGUAUCGACACCGUCGCGGUCACAGCCAUCUCCAGAACGACAUGGUCUAGCAUCGGCAUUGCCAAGAGUCAUUAUUAUUUAUCAGAAUGGUUGCCAUUCGAGAUUGCGCUCCAUUUACGACAAGGAGGAUCGCGAAUACAUCUACCAUUACGACAGAGACGCGGAUAAGCCGAUCAGAAUGGCAUUUGUGAAAGGCCAAAUCGAGUCCCUCCAGGAUGUCCACACCGGUCGUUUCCUAUACAUUCGCGGCAUCACACAUAAAAAGCAAAACUAG